CUCUCGCGAUCUCAUCCUUUUUGUGCCCCCCUUCUCCCUGACGAUCGCCUCCCCCAACCGCCAUCUCCUCCUCUCCUUCGCCAUCCCUCGUCCCAAAUCCCCGAUCCAAACCCUAGAAACCCGCAAUCCCUUCCUCCUCCGCCGCCUCCUGUGGUCUCUGAUUCUUGGGUUCUCCUCUAUCCGAGGGAAAAGGGAUUGAUCGCUCGGGAUGGGGAAGAACGACUUCUUGACGCCGAAGGCGAUCGCAAACCGCAUAAAGGCGAAGGGUUUGCAGAAGCUGCGGUGGUACUGCCAGAUGUGCCAGAAGCAAUGCCGGGAUGAGAACGGGUUCAAGUGCCACUGCAUGAGCGAGUCCCACCAGCGCCAGAUGCAGGUCUUUGGCCAGAACCCCACCCGCGUCGUCGAUGGCUACUCGGAAGAAUUCGAGAACGCCUUCCUGGACCUCAUGCGCCGCUCCCACCGCUUCUCCCGCAUUGCCGCCACCGUCGUCUACAACGAGUAUAUCUCCGACCGCCACCACGUACACAUGAACUCCACCCAGUGGGCCACCCUCACCGAGUUCGUCAAGUACCUCGGCCGCACCGGCAAGUGCAAGGUCGAGGACACCCCCAAGGGCUGGUUCAUCACCUACAUCGACCGCGACUCCGAGACUCUCUUCAAAGACCGCCUUAAGAACAAGCGCCUCCGUGCCGACCUCGCCGACGAGGAGCGCCAGGAGCGCGCCAUUGCCCUCCAGAUCGAGCGUGCCACCUCCCUCCUUCACUCCUCCUCCCCCUCCUCUGAAGAGCCCCCGUCGUCAUCAUCAAAUCCUCCUGAGAACCGCGGUUCCAGCUCCAAUCCUGAUUCCAAUGUCCAACCAGACAAUGGUUCCGGUGGCAAGAUAGCAUUUUCCCUGCAAUCAGCAUCUGCUGCUUCAAAAUCCAAUCUUGCAAAUGAGACGACCUCCAAGGCCCCAAAAUUAGGCUUUGAUGAGGGACCCGAGUCGGAGAAGAAUCUUGCCACUUCCAAGAAAAGUAAAGCUGCUAGUGAUCGAGGUGGGGCAUUGGAUGAGUUGAUGAGAGAGGAGGAGAAGGCAAAGGAGCGGAGCAAUAGGAAAGACUACUGGCUCUGCGAGGGGAUUGUGGUCAAGGUGAUGAGCAAGACAUUGGCAGACAAGGGGUAUUACAAGCAGAAAGGGUUGGUGAAGAGGGUCAUUGAUAAGUAUGUUGGGGAGAUUGAAAUGUUGGAGAGCAAGCAUUUGCUGAGGGUUGAUCAAGAGGAGCUGGAGACGGUGAUCCCACAGAUUGGUGGACUGGUGAGGAUUGUCAAUGGGGCAUAUCGAGGAUCAGAUGCAAGGCUACUCUCCGUGGAUACUGAAAACUAUUGUGCAAAGGUUCAGAUUGAAAAGGGAAUUUAUGAUGGGAGAGUGUUGAAGGCCAUUGAAUAUGAAGACAUUUGCAAGAUCUUGCACUGAGGGGCUUGAGUUCAAAGAAUAUUCAGAGUAAAAGGUUAAGAUAAGUGCUUAAUUCCAGGACCUUUAUCUCAGCAAUUUGGAUUGUCAUGGCUCUGGAAGAGAACUUUGGUUUGAGAUUCCCUGAUAUGUAAGCAGACGAGAUUGACUCAGAACCCUUGUUAUUGUUGACUUUAUCACCUUGCAUCCACAAACAGAAUGAGGCACAAAUAAGAAGUGUUUUAUCCUGGGAAUACAGUUUGAACUAGAAGGUAGACUUUUCUUCAAUCAUUUGCAUGUGAGUGAUAUUAUUAAUGUUCUAUCAAUUGGAUAAUUUAUGAAGCAUGGCAUGUCAUAUGUAUGAUGCUAAGUUGCUUCC